UUCCUGCUUCAGUCAAAUCACUGCCACAUGGAUGGAGGGCGUUACUGAAAUUAUUUAGUAAAAUAUAAUAUAUUCAGUAAUUAGAGUACACGAAAGCGGUGCGGUUUCCUGACGGUUCCAGUUGUGUACAUGAAAAAUACUUUUUGAAAUGUUUUCCACAGCGUCUAAAUCUUUAUUAUGUUGCUCAAACGCCUUAGGCCACCAAAGGGCGCUGGCGUCAAUGCUAACGAAGAGCCCAUCCAUCGCACAACAGACUUUACAAAGCCGGGAUUACCAUGAGGUCACCGGCAACAUAAUCUGUCCCAAUGUUGUCAGAGGAAUCGAUCACUUGCGAGAUCCCCGUCUCAAUAAGGGUCUAGCAUUCACACUGGAAGAGCGCCAGGCGCUAGGCAUCCAUGGUCUUUUGGCAGCCAAAUUCAAAAGCCAAGAGGAACAGCUGGAAAUUUGUACAAUAUCCAUUGACAGAUAUGAGGACAACCUAAACAAAUAUCUCUACCUCGUCGAGUUACAGGACAGAAAUGAGAAGUUGUUCUUCAGGCUUCUCGCGGAGAACAUUGAGAAGUACUUGCCUAUUGUGUAUACUCCUACUGUGGGCUUGGCCUGUCAGAGGUUCGGUCUGAUCUACAGAAGGCCUAGGGGUCUCUUCAUCACCAUCAACGAUAAAGGACAUAUAUUCAACAUUCUUAAAAAUUGGCCUGAACCCGACGUUCGUGCCAUAGUCUUCACGGAUGGAGAAAGGAUCUUGGGUCUUGGUGAUCUCGGUGCAUACGGCAUGGGUAUUCCAGUAGGAAAACUCUCCCUGUACACUGCAUUGGCCGGUAUUAAGCCCCAUCAAUGUCUCCCCAUCACUUUAGAUGUGGGCACCGACAACCAGGAUCUCCUUGAAGACCCGUUGUAUAUUGGUCUGCGUCAGAAGCGCGUACGAGGCAAGGAGUACGAUGAGUUUAUCGAUGAAUUUAUGGAAGCCUGCGUCCAGAGAUACGGACAGAACACUUUACUUCAGUUCGAAGAUUUCGCCUUAAUAAACGCCGGGCGUCUCCUAAAGAAGUACCGGAACAAAUACUGCACGUUCAAUGACGAUAUCCAAGGUACCGCCAGUGUGGCCGUCGCUGGUCUUAUGGCGGCCGUUCGAGUCACCAAGAGGAAACUCAGUGAAAACAUCUAUUUGUUCCUUGGCGCCGGUUCUGCAGCCAACGGUAUUGCCAGCCUAACAGUGGCCGCUAUGGUUGCGGAAGGUUUAACCGAAAAGCAAGCGAGAGAACGCGUAUACAUGUUUGAUAUCGACGGCUUAUUAUCCACGCGUCGACCGGGAGGAGUGCCUGAACAUGCGUCAGCCUUCGGAAAGGAUAUCGAACCGGAGAAGGACUUUGAAGCUUGCGUUGCGAAAAUUAAGCCCAGUUGUUUGAUUGGAUGCUCAACUGUCGGUGGUGCGUUCACUCCUAACGUGCUCAAACAGAUGGCUAAGAACACUGAGCGGCCCGUCAUCUUCGCGCUCUCCAAUCCUACCAGCAAAGCCGAGUGUACUGCCCAAGCUGCUUAUGACCAUACUGAGGGUCGUUGCAUCUUCGCAUCAGGAUCUCCCUUCCCGCCUGUAAAGUACGGAGGCAAGGAGUACCACACGGGACAAGGCAACAACUCGUACAUAUUCCCCGGAGUCGCUCUCGGCGUUAUCGCGACCGCUACGCAUCAUAUACCCGAGACAAUGUUCUUGACUGCCGCUAGGACUUUAGCUCAUUACGUCAGCGAGCAGGACCUCGCUAUCGGGCGUAUUUACCCAUCGCUGGCCGAAUUGAAGGAAGUUUCUGUAAAUAUUGCCAUCGAGGUCGCUAAGAUGGCCUACGACGAAGGUUUGGCGUCAGUCUACCCCGAGCCGAAAGAUCUUAUGAAGCACGUACACAAUCAGAUGUACAAUUUCAACUACGAAUGUUCCAUGCCAGUUGUAUGGGACUGGAAACCCGAAGAGAAGUUUAAUGUAAGACCCAUACAACCAGUCCCUAAAAACAUCUAAACCAGUAUUAGUAUAUUAUGUUUCGGUUAAGUGUCAGAUGUCAAACAAAUGCGCCAAUUUCAAUAGUUAAUCUUCUAUCUGUUUAGUUUUUUUUUUUCAGCUAAAUAUUAUUAUUAUUGAUCUUUGUAUGAAAAGUAUUUAAUCAUUGCUCGCCACUGUGGUGUCGAGUUGAAAUGGCGGGUCUCUCAUUUAAUUUGAUAUUUUUUGUUCAAAACGACACUAUUUCACAAAAUCACUGUCUACUCAUUACCUUGGGGUAUAUUUCAAAUGUUUUAAAAUAAUCGAUAUUUAAGAUUGAAUGAAUAGGUGGUGUAAUGGUGAAUUCGAUUAUGUUGUGUGUUUUACAAUCAGAUCAGCGGGCGUCUUUCGAAGAAUAUGCAUGAAUCAUACUCAAAUUCGGUAAAUUAAUUCCUAUAUAUUUAACAUCGAACACACAGCAUAAUAUUAAUACACCAUUAGUUUUAAGUAAUUUAAAUUAUGAGACGUUCGUUUUGGAAUGUUGUUAGUAAAUGCAAUAAAAAUGCGUUCAGUGCACAACGCCUUUAAAUGGGAGUGUUCAAGUUGUCCAUGUAUUACUGUUACAAUAAUUAAUUUACACAAAGUAUUUUAUACCUCCGUAAUAUAAAUACAACUUAUUUAAUGUUCAAAUUAGAAAAUUAUAUAAAAUAUUAUGACAGUAGGUUUAAUGCCCAGUUACUCGAAUCUCUUGUAUUUUUUUUUCUCAGAAGUAUUCUUUCAAAAGUAUUAGCUUGUUUCUUCUUUAAAGUUAUUAUUAAAACAGUAUUUCAGAACACGUAUUAAAUACUCUAUUUACAUAGGAAAUUAAAGUAAAAAAAAAAUAGAAUAAAUCUUCUCUGAGUAACUGGACUUAAUCCACAUUUAUUGUAGUGUUUCGACUGUAUUAUCAUUGUGUAUGUGCAAGUAGUAGGUAGUUGGACAUAAUAUUAUAACCAUGUUAUCGUAUUCAGUGUGGAAAUAAUAAUUACAGUGGCCUUGAACGUUGUUUUCAGCUUUGCUCACUAAAUGUUACACAGCAUACAUGUUAGAUGUUUCAAGUAGUAUGGUAUCAGACGGAAAAGCUUAUGUAAGGCUUUAUUGAAUCGGUAUACUUUGCCCAUUAGUUUACUUUGACAAUAUUUAUUUAUUGCACCUCUUAGACAUCAUUUGUUACGCGGCGAGCUAUUUAUUUAGGAUCAUAUUUUUCUAACAUUAUUAUUAAGUUGUAAAUGAAUUGUUUAUCAAAAUGGGAUGUACCUAUUUAAAAGUUGUGAAUAUUUGAAAUAAUAACAAUUAUACAAUAAAUGGAAUGAAAGUUGAGAAAGUCUAGUCACCGCAGCAUUAAAAUGCAGGUCAUCUAUUUAAUAUGCAUUUCACAUCAUUAUCUAAUAGGAAUUAAAUAAAAAUACAAACGUGAAUAACAUAAAGACAUUUAGAGGGUAAUUGGUUAGAAUGUCUAGAAUUGACUGGGAAUGAGGUAAUCUGCCGCAAUUUUAAUAAAGUUUUAAUUUUUAUGAAGUUUGUUAAUCGUGGUAACUCUGAUAAAAUAUACUAAAUAAUGACCACACAUCAUUUUACACGCAUUUAUUUUAUAUUUUACGUUAUAUGUUUUUUGAACGGUUUGUUUUAACAUUUUUUAUGGAAUUGGGUCACUUUAUCUCGGUGGAAUUAUGUAAAACUGACAAGGACAAAACUCAGAUACAACAACAACAUUUGAACACAGCGAAAAUGUAACAAUUAACAGAAUAGUUUUAACAUUUUAAAGGAGAAUGUCCAUGGACUAUGUGCUGUCCAGGGGGAGCUAUAAACUGUGUCGAGCUGCAAUCCAGUGAUAUACCUGAAUAAAUCAUUCUAUAAGUUAGGAUCCCUAUUAUAGUAACUGGAAAAGGUUGUAUUGACUACGUUUAAUAGAUCGUUAAUGGCAGAGAUGUGAAGGCAAACGGCCCAAUUCGUGAUAAUCAGCGAUUUAUCAGAAAACGAAUUCGGGCCAUUUUAUGAUUAUCGAAUAAUCAUGAAAUUAAAUAAAUUAAUUUAGUUAUUAGUAUAUUUAUUUUGCUGUUACAUGAUGCUGCAAAAUGGGCAAUCUCCUUUGACUAAGUAUUAUUUUUGAGUUCAGUAUUCUUAUAAUAAUGAACGAAAUUUCGCAGAGCGGAAUUAAUUCAAUGUUUUUAUUUUAAGUAGUCUUUUAUUUAUGUUACAUUAUGUAUCAGGUGAUAUUAUGUGAUUUACCUUGCUGUGACGAUGUAUAAUAAAAUUAAUCCCACUAUACAUGUUUGUUAAAUACUUGACUUAAUGUUGCAUGAAACUGAACUUAGUUCACGUUAUGGAAGCAUAUGUUGUAAGCUGGUCAAUUAUUAUCAGGCAAUACUAGAUCAGGGUUUUAUUUGUUUUUACACUGAUUUCAUUGCGUCAAUUUAAUGUGUUUCACCUCGUUAAUGUAAUUCAGCUUUCGGGAAUAAAGAUUACAUUAUUGUGUAUUAGUUAAAGCGAUUGUUAAAGUGAAAAAUUAUAGAUGUUACUCAUUAAACAUGUUCCAAAGAUA